GAAGAACUCGCAAACUGUGGUUAAGCUCUGCCCACCAUAUUCGGCAAAUUUCCCGUUCGAAGGAUUGGAUUGCCCAUGGAUUUCCUAUUUAAGAAUCAAAUUAAUAUAUUCGAACCUAUCUUCGCUGGUGUGCAGCUUUAGGAUCGUCUCCUGAUGUGUACAAUCGGCCCAGCAGGAUAACAUAACUACUCUCACAAUAGCGCCACUUCGGGAUAGCAGACAUGGGGCCAUGGAGAUUCAGAAAUAUAAGUGACACACGACUUCCUCGGACCACCUUUCCUCCAUGGUCAGACAGUUCAAUGCUACCUUCAUAAUGCAAGUGACACUGUUCUAUACUCUGGCCCUCUGGGCACCAACUCUUGUGUCAGCUCAGCUGUCUGGGUCUGUCGGGCCUCUUGUGGACUUCCAGACCAAAGCAAAGAAUAAAACCUGUGAUAUCACCGAGUACGGCGCUGUCGCAGACGGUAAAACCGACGUCGGCCCGGCUAUUCUCGACGCUUGGGGUAACUGCUCAACUGGAGGUCUCAUUUACGUACCCCCCGGUAACUAUUCGCUUGCAACAGAUCUGGAACUCAAGCACGGUGAAUCCACGGCCUUCCAGCUGGACGGUGUAUUAACGCGCGGUCAUGAGGGCUCCUACCAAUUGAUUCUUGUACGCGAUUGCCAUGACUGCGAGUUUUUCAGUGGCAAUUCCCAAGGCGCGGUCCAAGGAUACGGAUACGAAUACCUUCAAGAUGGAAAUUACGGUGAACGACUCUUCCGCUUCCAGGAUGUCAGUGACUUCUCGGUCCAUGGCUUUGCUGCGAUCGAUUCCCCCGCGUACUACUUUGUCUUCGAUACCGUUUCCAAUGGGGAGAUCUACAAUCUUCUUGUGCGAGGGAUCGCUGACCUAGGUAUGACGGAUGCACUCGAUAUAUGGGGCCAGAACGUAUGGGUCCAUGAUAUCGAGGUUACCAAUGGCGAUGAGUGUGUAACGGUGAAGUCUCCGGCCUCGGACUUUCUAAUUGAGAACAUCUACUGCAAUCUGAGCGGAGGAACUGCCAUUGGGUCUCUGGGCACUGGCACCAACAUUUCCGACAUCUACUACCGAAACCUUUACAUGAACCAGGCCGACGCCUGCUAUCUGAAAACCCACAACGGUGAUGGAAUAGUCAAGAACAUCGUCUGGGAGAAUGUUAUCGUGCACGGAGGCCCUUAUCCCCUCGCUGUGAAUGAAGCCUGGGGAAAGGACGUGGGGUCUACAGGGGUUCAGGUUCAGAAUCUGACUUUCCGCAACUGGUACGGCGAAAACGUCGCUAACAGCCGGCCGGUCAUCCGAAUCGAGUGUGACGAGGACGUCCCCUGUUACGACAUCACCCUUGACAACGUGAAUUUGUGGACCGAGGACGGAGACCAUGUGGAAUGGUCCUGUGCUAAUGCGUACGGCUCGGGUGCUUGUUUACAAGAAGCGAAAGACACCGAUGAUCUAGCGACCUAUACUACGGCUGUUCCCGUGACUGCAACGCCGUCUUAUUCUGCUGCACGGAUGCCCGGUGAUUUUACCACGAAUCCUCCGUCUACUACUCCCUUUACCAUUCCGCCCAUGCCCUCCAGUUUCUUCCCCGGGGCAACCCCUAUUUCGACUCUGUUGAGUUUGAGCGGUGCAGGGGGUCUGUGAGUGAUACAGUGGUGGUUUCCGGGAGAUGCGUGGUAAUAAUGGCAGUCAAUAUGGACAGAUGAACGUCUUGAUUAUUCGAUCAAUAUAUUGUGAAAAUUUAAUCCAUACUUGUUACAUACUCUUCUACUCCUCUUUCUUCAUCCCGCGUCAGC